AACUAUACAUGUAGUAAUAAUUUAACACAAAAUUGAAAUGAAACUUUAAACGAUGCUGUUUAUAUGCUACAAAAAAUGUCUUAAAUGCUACAUUUUAACUCCUUAAACGCUCGCCUUAUUAGUCAAUUAUUCAUCUUAAAGACUAUUGCUCAAAUGACUGUUUGUAUUUGGAUGACACUUUUAACAAUAGACAUUGUCACAAGGCAGUUUUACAGAAAUCCAGAUGUAGCUUUAUAUCUUUAACGAGCAAGCUAGACGUGUCAGUGGCGAGGACAAACUCCCUGUGAGGAUAUGAAGAAGAACUUUUGAGAGGAACCAGACCCAAAAGGGAACCCAUCCGCUUCUGGGUGACACUGGAGAUUGGGUUUAUAAAGCAUUAUAAUAUUAUUCUAAAUUAUCCAGUAACUGAGAGAGAGAGAGGGAGAGAGAGAAAGAAAGAGAGAGAGAGAGAGGGAGAGAGAGAGAUAGAGAGAGAGGCAGAGACAGUAUAGUUUAAAUAUUUGGAGACAUGGGGAUUGUACCAGUGGUUGGUGUGUAUAAAGACUCUUGUAGGGGACCCUGGGAAAUUUGGUAUUCACAGACGUUACACGCACUCUCUCUCUCUCUCUCUCUCUCUCUCUCUCUCUCUCUCUCUCUCUCUCUCUCUUACACACACACACACACACACACACGCACACACACAAACAAUUUACUCUUCUAAACAACAGCGACUCAGGGCUGCAUCCGACAAGGAAGCAGAAAAGAGAAAAGGAAGGAAUCUCAGCACUCAGGAAUUCAGAGCAUUUCAUUGUAGCCCAACAUACAAAACACCAGCUGUACACAUUUUUGGAUACUCAAGAAUGGUUUUAGAUGUUAGAGACAGUGAAUUUGCCAGAUGUUCAAACACAUAGAGUUUCUACUCAGUGCUUCCUACAAAGCCACACCCCUAAAACACCUGAAAGUUAGUGCAAGAGAGGAUUUAUUAUUGACUGACAGGCUGAAUGAUUGACAGGCAAAUAGAAACUCCUCCAUGUCCUCAUUGGUUGGAUGUAGAUGGUAUAUUUAAUAUUAUUUCUCUACUGUAGGUUACAGAGCCUGAGCUGACAUAGAGACUGGAACAACAAAGUCUUCAUGCUAAGAUUUAUGUUAAAGAUGUUAUAGUUUAAACAUUAUCUUUAAUAUGGAGCAUGAGGAGGAGUUGGGGGUUUGAUUCCCACUGCUGGCCUGUGUGUGUGGAGUUUGCAUGUUCUCCCUGUGCUGUGGGGGUUUCCUCCGGGUACUCCGGUUUCCUCCCCCAGUCCAAAGACAUGCAUGGUAGGCUGAUUGGCAUGUCCAAAGUGUCCGUAGUGUAUGAACAGGUGUGUGAAUGUGUAUGCGAUUGUGCCCUUCGAUGGAUGGAUUGGCACCCCGUCCAGGGUGCGCCCCACCUUUUACCCCAUGCUCCCUGGGAACGGCUCCAGGUUCCCCACGACCCUGUAGGAUAAGCGGCAUAGAAAAUGGAUGGAUGGAUGGAUGGAUGGAGCAUGAGGACCUGCUUACGCAGAGCAGUAUCCACGAAUGUGGUCAUGAAUUUGGCUUCGCUAACAAAUACAGUGUACAAGCGAGGUGAACGGCCGGGUAUGUAUCUUAGUGCUCAGUGCUCGCAGAACUGAACUGCUUUCACACAUGACAGUUUCUCUGCUCGCGCAUAGCCUUUUGUGCGCACAAUCCAUGGCAUCUUGCGGUCAUUAUUAACGACCCUGGCCUCUCUGCAUACUCAGGUUGGCCACCUGUAAUAUUUUUGAUGUUUUACUUGUAUUGUAUUUGUAAGAAGAUGCUGUAAUCGGGAAAUACGUCCAGAUUGCUAAUAUACUCAAUAAUUUGUAAUUAGCCUGACAACACACACUAGGAGCACAAGAGAAAAGGACGAUGUAUCAGAGCGUUAUCCGAUACCAGAAUCAGUACUGAUGCAUCCCUCACACUAAGACACAAUACUAUGUAGGAUUAGGGAUGAGGUCUGAUAUUAACACUGUCUUAAUGAUUAGAAAAUGACAUCUGUCUAUAUCUGAGCUGAUCUGAUCUGUUCUUCUCUCUCUCUCUCUCUCUCUCUCUUUCUCUCUCUCUCUCCUCCAUGCUCCAAUAUGGAUGUUCUCCUGCAUAGGUGAGUAUCUCUUCAGCACUUGCUCACUGUAAUGCUCAUGUGUCCUGGUGUCAUGUUGCAAUGUGAGAAUCAAUAGGCAUUGAGAGAGUGUGGCGCUGGGAAGCAAAGAGAAUGGCGCUGUUGCUCACACUGUUAGCAGGUUCAUGGCUCUCGUUAGCUCCUAGCAGGAGCAAAGCGCACCAAACAGGGAUUACUGCAGUGUGUGUGCGUAUAGUGUGUGUGUCUCGGAGUAUAUUUGUUUUAGUUUUUAGUCGGUAUGGUGUCGAGUGAGACGGGGCGAUGUUUUUGUUGAAUUGUCCAAUGACUUUCUCUGCAGAUGUUACAUUAUAUAUAGUUUGUUCUCGGAGUGUGUUUGCAGAGCUGAGCCUACAAUAGGUCUGGUUACAUUUUCUUUAAAGACACACACUCACACACUUUUUUGUGUUUACCUUCCCCCACUUAUUGGUCCCUGCCUGUUCUACCUCACCCAGAAUCAGAGAAUUAUAAAUAAAUAAAUAAAUAAACCUGAUGGCUGUUUAAGCUCUUGGGUAAUUUUGAUAAAGAAUGAAGUUCUCGUUCAGGUUUAACAUGAAUCUUUCUCCAGAUGGGACGUGCUUUUAACUAGAGAUACAGAAUGCUGGCAAAGGCCGACUUCAUUCCUCACUGAUCGAGGCUUUCUGUUAGAUCGCAGCACACUUAGGAUAAAAAGGCAACAGAAACCACUGGAACGUGGGAGCUGACAUACAUACUGCAUGAGAUUUACUGCCCAACAAACAGAAUCAGCUGUGUGCUAUCAAUAUUAAACCAGAUCAUGUUCGGUCUUGUACAGUGUAACAGAACCUACAUAAGCAGCAUGUGUCUGUAAUAUAGUAUUAUAUACAGUCCCCUCCGAAACUAUUGGAACAGCAAGGCCGAUUCAUUUGUCAGUGCUAUACACCAAAGAUAUUUGGGUUUGAGAUCAAAAGAUGGAUAUGAGAUGAGAGUUUAAGAUUUCUGCUUUUACAUACAUUUAGAUGUGUUAAACAACAUAAAACAUAGAACCUUUUGGAUCAGACCACACAAUUUUUAGGUGAGCAAAAGUAUAGGAACAUAUAAGUCUUGAUGUAAAUUAAAGUAAAUAACAAGUAAUAUUUUGUUGCAUAUCACUUUGCUUGUAAGAACUGUAUCAAGCCUGCGACUCUUUGACAUUGAAACCAAAUUGUUGGUUUCUUCUUUUGUGAUGCUUUUCCAAGCUUUUACCGCAGCUUCUUUCAGUUGUUGUUUGUUUUUCAGAAGGUUCCUCCUUGCAUUCUCCUCUUCAGGACGUGAAAUGCUGUUCAAUUAGGUUAAGGUCUGGUGAUUCACUUGGCCAGUCUAAAACCUUCCACUUUUCCCCCAUGAUAAACUCCUUUGUUGUGUUGGCAAUGUGUUUUGGAUCAUUGUCUUGCUGCAUGAUGAAGUUCCUCUCGAUUAAUUUGGAUGCAUUUCUCUGUAAAUUGACAGACAAAAUGUUCCCAUAAACUUCUGAAUUCAUUCUGCUGCUAUUAAGAUGAGUUGUAUCAUCAAUAAAGAUUAGUGAGAAUGUUCCAGAAGCAGCCAUGCAAGCCCAAGCCAUGACACUACCUCCACCACACUUGACUGGUGAACUUCUAUGUUUUGGAUCAUGAGCAGAUCCUUUCUUUCUCCACACUUUGACCUUUCUGUCACUUUGGUAGAGGUUAAUCCUGGUUCCAGAACUUUUGUGGCUCAUAUGUGUAUUUCUUUGCGAAUUCCAAUCUGGCUUUCUGAUACUUACUGCCGAUGAAUGAUUCACAUCUUGUGGUAUGGCCUCUAGAUUUCUGCUCUCAAAGUAUUCUAUGAACACCGGAUUGUGAUACCUUACCCCAUAGAAAGAAUUAUCAUUUUUUCUAGAAAUCGUUGUUGUAGAGUUGUACAUAAAACAUUUGUUCCAAUGAGUAAAUGUAACUAACAACAUCCGUUUACUUUAUUUGGCAUUUUGUGCAUGAACAGUUGGAUAUGUUUAGAGCAGAAACAGGAUCUGUGGGUUUUGCCCUAGUCCUAUAAUGGUAUCUAGAACUUAUCCACACUCAGUGGACCUGCUGGUACCACAUAUUGCCUCGUAUUGGAUGAUGAAAAAAAACAUAUACCCAUUUAUAAAGUAGGCCGCUCCAAAUUCAAAUCCAAAUUCAGGAAUGUUCUAAGCUAAUCUAAGGUAUCUUUGAUUCAUUCAGUUUCAGUAAUGACUUUCUACUGUCAGGGUCAAAGUAGAUCCAAAGUCUACCCCCAGGAUGUGCUGCCAGUCUUUCACAAGACACCCUGAAUACACAUGUGGUAGUGGUAACUCUGUGGUUAAGACAUUGGGCUACAGAUCAAACGGUCGUGAGUUCACCACCAAGCUGCUGCUGUUGGGCCAAUUAAAUAAAAUGUCACUCUGGAUAAGGGUGUGUGCCAAAUGCCAUAAAUAAAAAUAAAAUAAAAAAUACACAUUCAUACCUAGUAGCAAUUUAGAGCCAACAAUCCAAAUGCCAUCAGGAAGAAGCCCACACAGACAUGCUGAGAACAAGCAAACAUGCAAAUCUCCAUACAGUCAGUAACCCAAGCUUAGGAUCGAACCGAGGAAUCUGAAGCUGUGAGGCAACACUACCUGCUGCGCCAUCGCUCCCAUCGAGGCCGUCUUAAAUUUAACCGCUCGCUAACCAUGGUUGGUUUCAUUUUCACUGUGUAUCUCCACCUGUUUAUGUGAUGUCAGCUGUUGGCUGAUCUUGUGUUUUCAGAAGGCAAAUAAAGUAUCGGCAUCAAAUUUCCAUUGUAAAUGAGCAGCUAUGCCUAUCUGAUGUUUAAGUUGCUUGAACACAUUGUAUUGUAAAUCCACUGGCACAAAUCUGAUAACGAUAACUAGAGAGCUAGGGCUAGAACUAGGGGGUCUUUGCAAGUAAUACAGGUUUUGAACGUAUGUAGCUUGGUCGUUAGUAACUGACGGGCAUCUACUGUGCAAUGACUUGAGUGGACACUUGAAACACAAUGAGGAGAGUUUAGAGUUACACUUAGAUACUCUGUGUGUGUGUAUGUGUGGGUGUGUGUGGGUGUGGGUAUAAUUAGGGUUUGAUAUAAAGUUAAUCUGUACGAUUCACUGCCCUGGGAACAAUAAUGAUGUCAUGAGCCCAUUCAGAUAUAAGCAUGAUGUCAUUUCAUUUGAAAAAGAAAAGAAACGCAACAAGGUUGAUCUACACUCGGAAAACUGAGACACUCAUAUCGAAGAUCUCAUCAGUGGUGUAAGAUCUCAGAGUGUAAGCUGAAUCAGACGCAAGCAGGGCAGAGGAGUCGUGUCCUGCUGCCCUGAUGAGCUCCUUGUCUCGGGUUGUUGAGGGCUAACUGUGUGCUACAGGGCUAUCGCUUUAAAACAAACCAUCAGUGGGUGAAGGGGGGGUGGUGGUGAAAGGCAGAGAGUUGGUACGUUCUACGUGGGAAUGUUUGUGUUGGGUCAACCAUGAGCUGUUCCUGUGGGAAUUAAGGCUCGCUGUUGGAGAGAGAGAGUGAGACAGAGAGAGAGAGAGAGAGAGAGAGAGUAUGAAUCUCUACAGUGUUGCACAGUUUCUCCCGUGGGGCACUUAGAGUAGAAAAGGAGUGAUGAAGGACAUUAAAAGAGAAGAGAGCGGUGCCUGAGGACCUUUACCUGCUCCCACACCUGCACUGAAGAGGGAUUACCUGUCCUCCACACCUGUGUGUGUCUCUCAGCUAUGGAGGCUGUCAUUUUAAGUCUAGAGGAGAGUGUGUGCGGGGCGCAGAGUGUGUUCUGGGAUCUGACUUCAGCCGCUCUCAGGAGAUUGAGACACACACACCUACCGUAUAAUACUGUCUACCAGAUGACGGAGGGCCGGAGAUGUCAGGUCCAUCUCCUGGACGACAGGAAAUUGGAGCUCCUUGUGCAGCCCAAGCUAAUGGCGAAGGACCUGCUGGAUCUGGUAGCGUCGCACUUCAACCUGAAAGAGAAAGAGUAUUUUGGAAUCUCCUACACGGACGACACGGGUCACUUCAGCUGGCUGCAGUUAGACAGGCGCGUGCUGGAGCACGAGUUCCCCAAAAAGUCCGGCCCCAUCGUCCUUUACUUCUGCGUGAGGUUUUAUAUCGAGAGUAUCUCUUACUUGAAGGACAACGCCACCAUCGAGCUGUUCUUCCUCAAUGCUAAGUCCUGCAUUUAUAAGGAGCUCAUAGAUGUGGACAGUGAAGUCGUGUUUGAACUGGCCUCCUACAUAUUGCAGGAGGCCAAAGGAGACUUCACAAGUAACGAAACAACACGGGCAGACCUGAAGAAACUGCCCGCUCUGCCCACACAGGCCCUCAAAGAGCACCCGUCCCUCGCUUACUGCGAGGACCGAGUGAUCGAGCACUAUAAGAAGCUGAGCGGCCAGUCCAGGGGCCAGGCUAUCGUCAAUUAUAUGAGCAUAGUGGAGUCACUGCCUACAUAUGGAGUGCAUUACUACGCGGUUAAGGAUAAGCAGGGGAUCCCGUGGUGGUUGGGGUUGAGUUAUAAAGGCAUCUUUCAGUAUGACUACCAAGACAAAGUCAAACCCAGAAAGGUGUUUCAAUGGAGGCAGCUGGAGAAUCUGUACUUCAGAGAGAAGAAGUUCUCAGUGGAAGUUCACGAUCCUAGAAGGGCGUCGGUAACGCGAAGGACGUUCGGACACAGUGGCAUCGCCGUGCACACCUGGUACGCCUGCCCCGCCCUCAUCAAAUCCAUCUGGGCCAUGGCCAUCAGCCAGCACCAGUUCUACCUGGACCGCAAACAGAGCAAGUCGAAGAUCCACGCAGCACGGAGUCUGAACGAAAUAGCCAUCGACCUCACAGAGACGGGCACGCUGAAGACCUCUAAACUCGCCAACAUGGGCAGCAAGGGCAAGAUCAUCAGUGGCAGCAGCGGGAGCCUUCUGUCCUCAGGAUCUCAGGAGUCUGACAGCUCUCAGACGGCAAAGAAGGACAUGCUGGCAGCUCUGCGCGCUCGGCAGGAGGCUCUGGAAGAAACACUCAGGCAGAGGAUAGAGGAGCUCAAGAGCAUCUGCAUUAGAGAAGCGGAGCUGACCGGUAAGCUUCCUAAAGAAUAUCCUCUAGACCCCGGAGAGGAGCCGCCUACAGUGCGGCGCAAAAUCGGCACGGCCUUCAAACUGGACGAGCAGAAGAUCCUCCCCAAAGGAGAGGAGGAAGAGCUGGAGCGUUUGGAGAGGGAGUUUGCGAUCCAGUCUCAGAUCACAGAGGCAGCGCGGCGUUUAGCCAGCGAUCCUCACGUGAGCAGUAAAAAGCUGAAGAAGCAGAGGAAGACGUCGUACCUGAACGCACUAAAGAAGCUGCAGGACAUCGAGAACGGCAUCAACGAGUACCGUAUCCGCUCGGGCAAGAAACCCACGCAGCGAGCCUCGCUCAUCAUAGAGGAGGCGAAUAUCGGCUCAGAGGACAGCUCUCUCUCUGACGCGCUGGUGCUAGAUGAUGAUGACCCCCAGGUAGCAGGGACGCCCACCUUUUCUCCGGUCUCCUCCCCUCAUAAAGGCCUUCCUCCUCGGCCUCCGUCGCACAGCAGGCCUCCUCCUCCUCAGUCUCUGGAGGGUCUCAGGCACCUGCACUACCAGCGCAGCGACUACGACAAAUCUCCCAUCAAACCCCGCAUGUGGAGCGAGAGCUCACUCGACGAGCCCUAUGAGAGAGUGAAGAAACGCUCCUCCCACUCCAGCAGUCACAGGCGGUUCCCCAGUACAGGCAGUUGUGAGACUGGAGGGAGUAACUCUUUGCAGAACAGCCCAGUGCGCACGCUGCCUCAUUGGAACAGCCAAUCCAGCAUGCCCUCUACUCCUGACUUGAGGACCAGGAGCUACGUCCAUUCAGCCAGCCUGUCUCAGCCUUUCCGUGGGCGGAGCUCCAGCCUGGAGUCUCAGGGGAAGUUGCUGAGCCUAGAGGCAGGACCAGAGGCGGAGCUUAGCCCAGAUCUCUUUCUGUCAGGGCCACAGCGGGCAGGAAGCAGUGGCUCGGUAGUGCCAGAUGACUGCUCAUCAUGCACCAGCCACUCGAGCUCCGAGCACUGCUGCCCACCAGCAGGUGCCAACCCCAACUACCGCACCCUAGCUGAGGACUCACCUUCUAGAGCACGCCAACGUCAGCGUCAGCGCCACAAAUCCGCCGGCCACCUGGGCAACUCGAGCUCGGGCAGCAUGCCCAACCUGGCCGCACGGAACGGCGGGACACCCGGAACAGCUCACCAGGGCGUCUACCUGAACAGCCAGAGCCAGCCGUCAUCGCAGUACCGCAUUAAGGAGUAUCCGCUGUACCCGACAGGCAGCAGCCCGGGCGCUGUGGUGGUCCGCAGCCUGGAGAGUGACCAAGAAGGCCACUACAGCGUCAAAGCACAGUUUAAGACGUCCAACUCAUACACGGCCGGUGGCCUCUACAAGGAGGGCUGGGGGUCAGCAGGGGAGGAUGGUGAGGGAGGCAGUGCCAGUGGCAGUGCCAGGCUCACACCGUCCAGGUCUCAGAUAGUGAGGACUCCGUCUGUAGGGAGGGAGGGAGGAGGGAACAGAGCGGCCGUGUCCGAGGAGCUACGGUGCUGGUACCAGCGUUCGUCCGGAUCACUCAAAGAGCACGCACGGCUCACGCACACCAGUUCGAACACGGGGAGAGUUGGCACACUCUCUAAGGGCUCACCAGCUGCCUCUCCACAUAGCCAGAGAAGUGGAACACCAUGCAGUGAGUCAGCAGCAACGCCAUCCUGCAGCCCCCAGCACAUCCUCAACUGGCAGAGCGGAUCAUUCAGCGACAGCUGUUUCCUGAGCAGUCCCCUUUGCUCUGAGCUCGCCGACGUGCAGUGGUAUGGACACGAGAAGGCCAAGCCAGGAACUCUCGUCUAAACCCUCCAUCCCUCUCCUGCUUCAUCCCUUUCUUCCUGGAACAGUGUUCUCUGGGCAGAUCUGUCCACAGGCUGGACCUCAACACAUAUUAUAGACAUGCCUAUGGCUGGAGCCAACACCCCUUCACCUUCUCUCUGUGCAUAUCCAGCAGUACAGUGGCUCUGGAAUUUGGAAUCACGGAGGUCGGACCGAACUAGACUAAACCGAUCCUAAGUUGACCUUAAGCUGAUCCUCCCACUGCGUAUGUUAUGAACUCUGAACUGUGACCCAGUUAGCUGCCAGUCAGUUGCUCCGUAUGCACAAAACCCUUCAUCCAGUCCUAUCGCUGGAGUGAUGCACCAGGGGUGUGGCCUCUCUUUUUUGGAGAUGUGUUUAUGUGUGUGUGUGUGUGUGUGUGUGUGUGUGUGUGUGUGUGUGUAUGUGUGCAUCCUAGUGAACUGCUCCUAUGUAUGCAUACUCAACCACACACAUCAGUGUGUAAUUCUGCAUAGAAGAUAAGGAGUACACACACUCCUGCAGAACGUUGCUGUUGGCCGUUUUGUCCGUAACCUUCAUGCGCACUGCUCUGUUGGAGUAAUUGCGAUGAAUCACACGCCCCAGUCCACCGAGUGCACCAUAAAUCCUGUUCCCCACUUUCUUUUCUUUUCUUUUCUUUUUUUUUUUUUUUUCCUUUUCUAUAGCAUUCUGCAAAAAAAAAAAAUAUGGGCGUACACAACUGAGACCAAAAGAUGACAGAAACACCCUUUUGGAUGUGAAUCCUUCAAGAAAAUCAGCAUUAUUGGCAUUUCUAAUUUUAAAAAAAAAAAAAAAAAAAAAAAAAAAAAAGGUCACGUUAGGAAUUAGAGGAUUUUCCAGCACUUCACAAAAGUGAGCGAUCUCAGAAACGGCGUGAAAAGGCUAACCGCAAAAGCACCGCGAUGACGACGCACUGCGAUGACGACUGGAAUUCAGGGGAUUAGUCCUGAAAACCUUUACGCCGUUCCAAAAUAUACGGUGUCAAUAAAUAAUCCAGAAACAAAAUGACAGUUAUGAUAUUUUACAAUGAAAUAUCUAAUCCUAGGGGACAAAAACAAACCAUGUCCUCCAAUGUCCAACAUCGAGCAGUUAGUAAAAAAGAGGCAUUAUUUCAGGAAAUUGCACCCCGGGUCAUGUAUUUCAGUAUUGCGAAGGUUAAAACCAGCCAGCUCUAGCUAACUACCACAUUAUAAAAUUAUUAGGGCUGCAACUAAUGAUUAUUUCCAUAAUCGAUGAGUUGGUCGGUUAUUUAUUUAUUGAUUUAUUCCGAUGAAUCGGAUGGGGGCGCAAACUUUCAGUACCAUCAACCGUUUAUUUAUAAUAAAAUCCACAAACUGAGUGUUACAAAUAUAAAACUUCAGACUAAAACUUUACACAACUGUCUGUCCAAUUAUAUACAACUGAAAAGAACCCAAUACACACACACACACACACACUAGAAUAUGUUAUUCAUUUAGCACUGUAGUUUAAUUCAGUGCUUUUUGUGCCUCCAUAAAAAAUAAUGCAUAAAUACUUGUGUAAAAUGUAAACAAAUAUAUAAGUUUAUAUUAUAUAAUAGUAUUUAUGCAUUACUUUUUAUUAAAAGGUAACGCUGACAUAAAAAGUAAACUGAAGAACGUCAUCGUCGGUGACUCUGGGUAUUAGCCUAAAGCUAGCGGCGUCACGUUACGUGCGUAUGACGUCAUGCGCCAUCAACUAGGAAGCGGCUUAUACUUCCGGUUAGUAAAAAACGCUCGUGUUCCUUUUGAGACGAUUACCUUUCUAAACUUCACACACUAGACGGUAGAGUGCGUAAUUUAGGACACAACUUUAGUAUUUACUCCCCGGAGCGUGUUUUCGGAAGAGAAGUAACGUAAUGAGUUAACGUACCCCGUCCCACGCAGACCGACUAAUCGAUAACGAGAUCAGUUGAGGACGAUUUUCAUAAUCGAUUGUUAUUAUUUUAUCGAUUAGUUGUUGCAGCUCUAACGAUUAUACUGUUAAAGAAAGUGCUAAACAUUUCGAUAACCUAUAACAUGAGCUGAUAUGACAUGAUAAUGCUCAAACAACAGUAUACGGGGCAUGACUAAUAUCACUGUUUACUCAAACUUGAAUGUACUUCAAUCAGAACCAGCAAUGUUAAUAUGAAAACCAGUCGCUAAUUCGUAUAAUCACUUAUAACUUCAAUCCAGUUAAACGACCUGGUUCGGUUUGAACCUUGUUGAUGUCCUUACCAUCCAAGAGUGCUUAAAGUUACCUUUAGAUGAACUAGGGAUGUAUCCGAAUACAAAUACGUCCACUCGUGUGCUAGUUUGAAUUAGGCUGCUCGUUUGUCAUAUAGUUCGGAAAUAAAUUCAUUAGACAAUAUUGCAGGCAGUUACGAACAAACAUGAUAAGUGCACGAACAGGUCUGGUGCGCCGAGACAGGUCAUGAACUCGAGUGAGCUAAGGUCGAGGAACUUUUUAAGGUUGAGAGCCAGAACAUUCCGAGCAGGCCACGCCCACUUUGGGUUUAAACCUGGAGAAGCACUAAACAAACGCAGAUAGAAAUAGUGGCAUUUACGUUAUAUCAAUAACGUGAUCUGUCUUCGGAUAACGACAAGUGAGCGAUUAGCCUCGCGUUAACGAGUGCGGCUUUACAGUAUUAUCGGCGCUUUAAAAUCAUUCCCACUGAUCCCACGGAUAAGUCUGUGGAAUCUUAAUUCUGGCUGGUUUUACUCGCAGAGUAGAUAUAUUGAUCAAGCCCUAACAGAAAACAGCAAAUCUCCGGCAGUUUAUUAAAGCGGAAACAAGGUCGUUGUCAUUGCAGGGCCGCAUGUAGACGUUUUUGCAGAAAGGGGGAUGAUUUUGAGGCUUGUGGUCUCCAUGUAUUUGUCUUGUUUUGUUUUGGGGUGGGUUUUUUUUUCCCAUUUAGAUGUUCUAUCAGUUCUCAUACAAUAGCUGUAAAGUUUCCCAAAAGCCAUGUAGUGCCAUAUUUGAUCUGCUGUUUUAAGGGAAACUCCUCCCUGAACAUGAGCUGGAUGGGAGCUGUGUGUUGGUGUAAGCUUCUGAAGAACGCUGAAGUACUGUAUGUGCCACUCGCUCUCUCGGGCAGCUCCACCAGCCUGCUAGCCACCAUGGUGCUCUGAGCCUCUACUGUACUGUACGAUAAAUUACAAAUCCCCAAAUACACCCCCCACCCCCACAUCCCGCUCUGCUACUGAGCCUACAAGUAAUCCUCGUACCUGACAUCUUCGACAUAGGGACCUUAUUUUUAAAAAAUUUCCGUACUGAUGGAGUUUUUCUGUACUGCAUGCAGUUAGCACCGGACUGUUUGUACUCGGUUAGGGACUGGAUGAAACUGUAAGAGCACAACGUAAAGGGGCACACAUCAUACAGAACAGCCACUGACCAACAAACUUCUCUCUGAUUGAUCUUACCUCGGUGCCAUUUCAAGCAUUCCAGUCUACAAGCAGAACACACCCAUCCGGACCUCGGUUCUGAAAAACGUCCACACUCACCGUAGGCUCUCAGACGGAGAGGAAAAAACACAGGGUGUUUGUGUUUUUCUAGGCAGCGAGAUUUUAAAACGAAACGAUGGUGCUCUUCUUCUCAAUGUCUCUCAUUUGACGAGGAAACACGGCAAGCCAUAGAGUAACAACCAUGUCUAUAUACUACACACUCCACACGGUACAACAUCACACACACUCGGAAAUGGACACUCCGCAGCAAAGGACACUAUCUACAAGCACACUUCUUCUUCUUUUUCUUUUCUUUUUUUUUUUUUAAGUAUACGUAUUUCCAUUACUAUAGUGUAUGUGCAUUAUGUGCCAUCAGACCCUUCAUAACAGAGUCCAAACCUAACACCCUGCAAUGUGAAAUCAAUUGCUGUUUGUGUGUUAUUUUUAGGGAUUCGAAUUCACCCUCUUACCCAGAACAGUGUAAUGCUGCCUCUCUUCCAGGCCUGGAUGGUAGCCCAUAAGUGCCAAGACAUGUUAACAAACCAAACCAGGCAACAACAAAUCAGAAAACACAACAACAAAAGUAAAAAAAAAAAUAAUAAAUAUCAUAAUGUAAAAGCAAAUGAGAAAACGCAACAAAACUAAAAACAUAGCAAAUCGGGAAACAACGAAACUAAAAAUACAACAAAUCGGGAAACAACAGAAAAACUAAAAGCAACAGUAAAAUCACAUCAAUAUUAUCACAAAACACAAAGGGGAGGUCCUUACUGAACGUCGCAUAAUUAUAUCAAUGCUGUGCAAAGUUAUAAGAAUAUGAACGUACAUGAAGGCCCUUGAUAAAAUAAUAAUAAUAAUAAUAAUAAGCAGGAAUGAAAGCAUUUCAUAUUUCCUCUAACUAAACAUCCUCCAACGUACACUGUAGCCAAUCAGCAACCAGCAUGGAACAUGGCAUGUUCUCCCUGGACGUCCCUUUCUGUUUUGAGAUAAUUGUAAGGUGUUUUUUGAUUUGCUGUCGUGGUUUAUUUUGUUGUCGUGGCGUUUAUUUUUUUUAUUAGUAUUGUUGUGUUUUCUAGUUUAUUUUUGCGUCCUGGGUCUGUGAAUGUGUCCUGCACUUCCAGGUCGGAUGACAGUUCGAGGCGAAUUCAGUUCUCUGGUGUUAAAACGAACCCAUAGAAAGAGAAAACAUUUCACGUGAAGAUGUCGUCUCGUUCCCACAGUGCUGUGAUUCAGGCCUCAUGCUUAUCUCUCCACUGAGAAAGAAGAAAACGUAUAUUCUCUCCUCAUGCCCUAAUUCUUACCUGUAUUUAAUAACAAGUCUAAACCUUUUAUAACAAAAGAAUAAACUAACACAUUUAUCAACAUAUAUGGAAAAGACUAUGGAAACCUGUCUGGGUUAUUUUACAAGAGGAGGGGGGCGGGGGGAUUAAAUAUUCAAAUGUUUUAAAAAAUUUUUUUUUUUUUUUUUAAAUCAAACAGUGUUUCUUUUAUUUCCUUUUUUUUUUUUUUCUUUUUCACUAUGUCAGGACAAAGUAACCCUUUCAGGUGCUACAGGAUGACCAGUUACUGCGUUGUUUCCUAGCUGUAGACUUUUCCUAACCGUUGUCAAUAGUUUUAAUACGAGUCGUGCAAAAUGAAGGAUGUUAGUUACUAAACUGUGUCGCUCACUCCCUCAUUCCUGACAAUAGAGCAUGUUUUCAUCACUUUAUGGAGUUCAAAUCAAAAAUAACCGCACACGUUAUAACGGUGUUGUAGAAAAACAAAUGUGGAGUUGUUGGGGAGAAUAACAAUGAAUUCCACAGUUAAUUUAUUCUUUUUCUAUUAAGAAUUUGUAUAGUAACUUUACAUUUUUCAAAAACCGUGUUGUUGGCAACUGAAUCUGAAUUUUCCAGAUGAGGAAUGUGGUGGUUCUUGAGAUUAUGAAAAUAAAUUAUUGCUGAAUGUUCUCUAAACCAAA